AGCGCCAGUGUAAGGACAUUAUCAAUCGAGCGGCUCUGCGCUACCUCCGUGAACGUCGGCGGGAACAUAAAAGUGUUGUUCAAGUUUAAGUUGCUGCAAACAUAAAAGUUAUUAGCAUUUUAUGGACAUUUGUUACAGCCGCAUUUACACCUCACCUCAAGGAGAUUUCAACAAGCAAGAGCUGAGAAGGCACGCUGCCCCUCUACCGAAAGAAUUUAAUUGCCGUAUAACAGGCAGGCUGAAACUACACAUUAAAAUCAUCAAAGGGGAAACCCACAGGCUAUCUGUAACUACUUCUAAUGGUGUUCUUCCAGGGAUCAUAAUGUUUUUAUGUAUUCCACAGACUGAAGACUGAAAUUAUACACGCCUGCUAUAAAACUCAGCAAAGCGAACGCCGAACUAAUUCAGAUAUAAAGUGGAAGUUAAAAUAAACAAACCUCGAUUAUCAUAGUCUGCGCUGCUGUGCCAACACAAAAAAACUGUGAAGUGCGUGUGUGUAUAUGUGCUGUAGUAAUUAGCGAAGUCAAUGGUGGCUGCUGAUAUUUUACGUUCAAAGCACAGCCAUGGAUAUCACCAAAGAAAACGUCAACCCCAAUCCAAGGGAUACUGCCAGUCCCCUAUCAGUUAUAUUCUUCACGUACACGAUUGGCAUGUUCAAGAAGGGAUACCAAAAAACUUUAGAUGUAGAUGACUUGUACAAUCCACUCCGUAGCGACCGGAGUACGUUAUUAGGUGAUAGGUUAGAGAGAAACUGGAAUAAGAACGAAGAGAAAGCAAAAAAGAACAACAAGAAACCGAGCCUCCUUAGAGUAUUAGUAGCUACCUUCUGGCCAGAGUACUUAUAUUUAGGUGUACUUUUAGUAUUCAUGGAUAUAUUCAUUCGCCUAAGCCAACCCCUGAUGCUUGGGAGGCUCUUAGAAUAUUUCAAACCAGUACCUACUGUCACCAAGACUGAAGCCCUGUGGUAUGCCGGUGCCGUCGUGGCAUUAAAUGCCCUUAGUGCCUUAUUCAUGAAUCAAUAUAUAAUGGGAGCAUUCCACUACGGAAUGAAAGUACGAGCGGCGUCUUGUGCGUUAAUUUAUAGAAAAGCAUUGAGGUUAAGUAAGACUGCCCUCGGUGACACUGCAUCUGGGAAGAUAGUUAAUCUACUAUCAAACGACGUUAGUAGAUUCGAUAUCGUCUCCAUUUUUAUACAUCACAUGUGGGUGGCCCCAACCGCAGCCUUAAUUGUGAUGUACUUCUUGUAUGCCGAAGCUGGAUAUGCCGGAGCUUUGGGGAUUAUACCUGUCUUCCUCGUAGUUCCGCUUCAAAGUUACACUGGCAAACUGUCUGCUAUAUACAGAAAACAAACAGCUUUGAAGACAGAUGAAAGAGUAAGGCUAAUGGAUGAAAUCAUUUCUGGAGUUCAAGUGAUUAAAAUGUACGCUUGGGAAAAGCCAUUCGAGAAAAUAAUAAAAUUCGCGAGAAAGGCGGAACUUAAAGUUGUUAUGAAAUCUUCUUAUAUUAGAGCGUUAUUUAUGACCUUCAAUUUAUUCACCACCAGAGUUGCACUGUUCUGUACUUUAUUAACCAUUGCAUUGACUGACCAACCAAUCACAGCCGCCAAAGUAUUUGUAAUGAUGACUUACUUCAACAUCCUAUCCCAAACAAUGUCUGCGAUGUUCGUUAGAGGUAUUUCCGAGAUAGCAGAAUUAUUUGUAGCUAUCAAGAGAUUAGAAGAAUUCAUGAUUAAUGAAGAAUUCGUCCCCGUUUCUUUUUCACAGAAUAAUAACAAUUCCAAUUACGUUAUUGAUAAAAAUGCUAUUAGUUUGAAACAACUCACGGCAAAAUGGCAUGCUUCUUCGACUGAGACUGCUCUAACUAAUAUUAAUUUAAAUGUUCUCAAAGGCAGGCUGAUAGGAAUCAUUGGACCUGUGGGUAGUGGAAAAAGUUCUCUUUUGCAAACAAUUUUAGGUGAAUUGGAAAUAGCCAGUGGCACCAUAGAAAUUAAUGGAACCAUGUCCUAUGCAUCACAAGAACCUUGGGUAUUUGCGGCUACUGUUCGUCAAAAUAUUCUCUUUGGAGCGGAAUACGACAAAAAGCGCUACCACGACGUCAUUCGUGCAUGUGACUUAGAAAAGGAUUUUAAACAAUUCCCAAACGGAGACCAAACAAUCGUCGGCGACAGAGGUGCUUCUUUAAGUGGUGGGCAAAAAGCUAGGAUAAAUCUGGCCAGAGCUGUUUACCGAGAUGUAGAUAUUUAUUUGCUAGAUGAUCCUUUAUCUGCUGUGGACAUCCACGUGUCAAAGCACUUAUACGAUGAAUGCAUUAAUGGGUAUUUAGUUAAUAAAACUAGGAUUCUGGUAACACACCAGGUACAUCAUUUAAAAGAUGCUGACCACAUUCUAAUUCUUAAUCACGGGCAAAUAGAAAAUGAAGGUACAUUCAGAUAUUUAUCCGCAAGUGAUAAUUUGUAUGCCAAAUUACUUACCUCGGAACCUGAACCAACUGAUGAAGAAAGGCAGAAACAAAUAGAGAAUGUUAAAAUUUUAAGAAAAAUGUCCAUAAGGAGUACUAAGUCGUCUAUGGCCAGUGCCAUAAGCGAGUUAAGUCUGCCAGAUAGCAUCCUGCAAGAAGAUAAUGAGGAAUACGAACCGGAAGAAGAAAUAAAAAUUAAAGAUAUGCAAGAAGUAUCAUCUAAAGGCAAUGUUCAUGGAUCUCUUCUCUGGAAAUACUUCCAUUCUGGCGGAAAUUUCUGUUUCGUGGCUAUAGUUAUAAUAUUAUAUAUCUUGGCGCAGUUGUCGGCAGGUGGUGUGGAUUAUUUUGUCAGUUUCUGGGUUAACAUUGAAGAGUUUAGAAAUACUUCCCCUCCCAAGAAUGGAACCGUGGAAGUUGUCGUUAGACCAUCCGUUGAUUGGUCAACAGAAACUUGUGUUAACAUCUAUGGAGGAUUGAUAGUUGCUCUUUUUGUUACAGCCCUAUUGAGAUCCGUGCUCUUUUACAAAUUAGCAAUGAUAAGUUCACAAAAACUACAUAACAUGAUGUUCCACAGUAUAAUUGGUACGACCAUGAGAUUUUUUGACACAAAUCCCAGUGGUCGUAUCUUAAACAGGUUUUCUAAGGAUAUGGGUGCCAUAGAUGAACUUUUACCAAAAGUAAUUCUCGAUGCCGGACAGAUCAUGCUGUCAAUGGCUGGUUCUCUAAUUUUAGUUGCUGUUGUGAAUCCACAGUUUUUAAUAUUAGUAGCAAUCACUGGUGUAUUCUUCAUAUUAUUAAGACACGUUUUCUUAAGAUCCUCAAAAAAUAUUAAACGAUUAGAAGGAAUUAUGAGAAGUCCCGUCUUCACGCAUUUAAAUGCAACACUACAGGGAUUAACUACAAUAAGGGCAUUUGGUGCACAGGAUAUUUUGAGAGACGAAUUUGACAAACACCAAGAUUGUCACACCAGUGCCUGGUUUAUGUUCAUUGCAGCAAGUUCGGCGUUUGGAUUUUGGUUGGACAUUUUGUGUUUUAUUUUUGUUGGCCUCAUUACGUUUAGUUUCCUUACAUUUGGCGAAAACUUAGGCCUUCGUGGAGGAGAUGUGGGCCUGGCAAUUACACAAUCGGCAGCCCUAACUGGUUUACUGCAGUGGGGAAUGCGUCAAUCAGCAGAGGUGUCGAAUCAGCUAAUGUCCGUUGAAAGAGUUUUAGAUUAUAAACACUUACCUCAAGAAAAACAACCAGAUAUACCCAAAAAUCCGCCAAAAGCUUGGCCAGACAAAGGUGAAAUCGUCUUUAACAACAUGGGACUGAAAUACAUUGAAACUGGAGAUCUUGUUUUGAAAAAUCUGAAUCUAGUAAUUAAACCAAAUGAAAAGAUUGGAAUUGUGGGCAGAACUGGUGCUGGAAAAUCGUCCCUAAUUUCAGCCUUAUUUAGAUUGGCAGUAGUAGAAGGAGAAAUAAAAAUUGAUAAAAUUGAUACCAAAGAUCUCAUUUUGAAAGAUCUCAGAUCGAAAAUAUCUAUUAUUCCCCAAGAUCCUGUUUUAUUCUCCGGAACCUUGCGAUACAAUUUAGAUCCGUUUGAAGAAUAUCCCGACGACGUACUUUAUAGCGCGAUAAAUGAUGUUGAAUUGAAUGAUCCUUCCAAUAUAAUCAACAGAUUAGAGAACAGAGUAACUGACAGGGGCGCAAACUACAGCGUUGGUCAAAGACAACUUAUUUGUUUAGCCAGAGCUAUCGUAAGGAAUAAUAAGAUACUCAUGCUGGAUGAAGCCACUGCAAAUGUAGAUCCACAAACUGAUGCCUUGAUCCAGAAAACGAUCCGCAGAAAGUUUGCAAACUGCACGGUAAUAACAGUAGCCCAUCGUUUAAAUACAAUAAUGGACUCGGAUAAAGUAUUAGUAAUGGAUUCUGGUACGAUGGUUGAAUUUGAUCAUCCGCAUGUUCUCCUACAAAACCAAAAUAGCGUAUUUUAUAAAAUGGUAGCAGAAUCUGGUAAAUCACUGGCCGAUCAACUUAGAAGAAUUGCUAGGGAAAGCUACCAAAGGCAGCAUGCUGUUCCAGAAUAGAGCUGUUUGUUAUACAUAUUUUUAGGGAACAUUUUAUAUAUAUUGCAUGUUUCCCAGUUUCGUAUUGAAAGAUAUUUAUUUAAAUACUUAAGGAUGUUCCAGUGGUAUGAUACUAGGAGACCUGCAGUUUUAAGGCAGUUUUAACUUAAAUUGUACAUAGUUAUAUAUUUUUAAUAAAUUUUAAUUAUACGUAUAUAUAUUUUUCUGCAAAUCUACUUAAUGUUCUGUUAUUUUGUA